GAUCCCCCUGAAUGCUGCUGGUCACCGUGGUGAGGAAUUUUCCAGGAAGAUCAUUGAUUUAGCUGUCAACUGGAUACAGACCCCACUGUGAUACUUCCUGACUGAUGAUGUUAUAGAAGCACCUGGAAUUCUGAGGCUGCCUUCUCAGCUGAGUGUACCUGAGUAGUCUUUGUCACCAUGGAGACCCGAAAGGAUGAAGCUGUUCAUGCCAGGGGAGCAGCAGCCUCUGGGGAUACUCAGGACCAGGGGUCAGAGAAAGGAGCCAAGAACAAAGCAGCUGAGGAAACAGAAGGGCCAGCAUCAGACCCACCAUCUGGCCCAGGUAGGCUGAAGAAAACUGCCAUGAAACUCUUUGGUGGCAAAAAGGGAAUCUGUACUCUGCCUAGUUUCUUUGGAGGAGGACGAAACAAAGGUUCUGGGAAAGGCAGCUCCAAGAAGGGUGUAAACAAGAGCAAGACACAUGAUGGCCUGAGUGAAGCAGCCCAUGGCCCUGAUGAUGCUGCUGGUGAAGGAAAUGGCUUCUCCCAACCUCUGCCUGAAUCACCUGGCCGAUUUCCUAGUUCUCAGAGUGCCCAUGGGGCUUUGGAGAUAGGCUCUAGACAUAAAACAUCUGUGGAUGGAGUUGUGGAGAAAGCUGGAGCUGAAAAGAUACUCUCUGUGCCCAAGCCAAAGAAAGGUCUAAAAGGCUUUUUUAGCAGUAUCCGUCGUCACCGGAAGAGCAAGGUGGCUGGGGCUGAGCAGAGUCAGCCAGGAGCCAAGGGAUGUGAAGAUGCCAGAGCUGGGUCUCAUGAGCAUGUCAGCUCAGCCCCUCUAGCUUGCUCUGAAGAGACCUUCCAAGGCCCUAGGAUGGACAAUACCAAACCUCAAGAUGCCUCUGGACCAAAAAUUUCACCAACACCAGAACCCUCUCUACCAGUUCCAGCUACUGAGGAGAUGGACUGUAAAAAUCCAGAAAAACUCAAGGGGACUUGUCCUUUAGCACUUGUGCAGCCCCAGCCUGCUUCUGAAGUCAGUGUCCUAGAGGAAGAGCCCCACGCUCCAGAAACAGGGGAGAAGGUGGUCGUUGGAGAAGAAAAUCCACCUCAUGGCCCUGUGGGGGGUCAGCUAAGCCUUCUGUUCGGAGAUGUCACAUCCCUGAAAAGCUUUGACUCACUAACAGGUUGUGGUGACAUUAUAGCAGAACAGGACAUGGACAGUAUGACAGACAGCAUGGCCUCUGGAGGCCAGAGGGCCAAUCGAGAUGGGACCAAACGAAGUUCCUGCCUGGUGACUUACCAAGGAGGUGGAGAGGAGAUGGCCUUACCAGAUGAUGAUGAUGAGGAAGAAGAAGAGGAGGAGGAAGUUGAAUUAGAGGAGGAAGAAGGCAAGGAAGAGGCAGAAGAUGAUGACUUCGAAUAUCUAUGGGCAAGUGCCCAGAUGUACCCAAGGCCCAAUCUGAACCUGGGUUACCAUCCAACCACAUCCCCAGGCCACCAUGGCUACAUGCUCCUUGACCCAGUUCCAGCUUAUCCUGGUUUAGCUUCUGGGGAACUUUUAACUCCUCAGAGUGACCAGCAAGAAUCUGCCCCCAAUAGUGAUGAAGGAUAUUAUGACUCUACCACACCUGGAUUUGAAGAUGAUUCAGGGGAGGCCUUGGGGCUUGUCCGCAGGGAUUGUCUACCCCGAGACAGCUAUAGUGGAGAUGCCCUUUAUGAGUUCUAUGAGCCAGAUGAUAGUCUUGAGAACUCACCACCAGGAGAUGACUGCCUUUAUGACCUCCAUGGUCGAAGCUCUGAGAUAUUCGAUCCUUUCUUAAACUUUGAGCCCUUCUCUUCCUCCCGGCCACCUGGGGCCAUGGAGACAGAAGAAGAACGACUAGUGACCAUCCAGAAACAGUUAUUGUAUUGGGAGCUCCGGCGGGAGCAGCUGGAGGCUCGAGAGGCACGGGCUCGAGAAGCUCAUGCCAGGGAGGCAUAUACCCAAGAGGCCCAUGCCAGGGAUGCUUAUGCCCGGGAGGCCCACACUCGGGAAGCUCAUGCCAGAGAGGUUCGAUCCCGAGAAGCCCAGGCCCGAGAGAUUCAUGCUCAAGAAGGUAAAGUACGAGAAGGCCCGGCCUGGCAGGAGAAACCUGUCUUGGAGUAUCAGAUGAGGCCCUUAGGCCCAUCAGUGAUGGGCCUGGUUGCAGGGGCAUCAGGAGCAUCUCAGACCUCCCACCGGGGAACCACUUCAGCUUUCCCUGCCACAUCUAGCAGUGAGCCAGACUGGCGAGAUUUUCGUCCUCUGGAGAAACGUUUUGAGGGAAUAUGCUCCAAGAAAGACCAAAGUACCUGCCUGAUGCAGCUCUUCCAAAGUGAUGCCAUGUUUGAGCCAGACAUGCAAGAAGCAAAUUUUGGAGGAUCUCCCAGGAAGGCCUACCCUACUUACUCACCCCCUGAGGAGCCAGAAGAAGAAGAGGAUGAGAAAGAAGGAAAUGCCACUGUCAGUUUCUCGCAGGCCUUAGUAGAGUUUACCAGCAAUGGAAACCUGUUCUCCAGCAUGUCCUGCAGCUCUGAUUCGGACUCAUCCUUCACCCAAAACCUCCCUGAGUUGCCCCCAAUGGUGACCUUUGACAUUGCUGAUGUGGAACGGGAUGGAGAAGGCAAAUGUGAAGAAAAUCCUGAAUUCCACAAUGAUGAAGAACUUGCAGCCUCCUUGGAAGCUUUUGAGCUGGGCUACUACCACAAACAUGCCUUCAACAACUACCACAGCCGAUUCUACCAAGGCCUGCCCUGGGGUGUGAGUAGCCUCCCGCGAUACCUGGGACUACCUGGCAUGCACCCUCGACCUCCACCUGCUGCCAUGGCUCUCAACAGAAGAAGCCGCUCCCUUGAUACUGCGGAGACCCUAGAGUUGGAACUCUCCAGCUCUCACCUGGCCCAGGGCUAUGUGGAGUCUGAUGAGCUACAGGCCCAACAGGAAGACUCAGAUGAAGAAGAUGAUGAAGAAGGAGAAUGGGGCCGAGACAGUCCUUUGUCUCUCUACACUGAACCCCCAGGGGCCUAUGACUGGCCUGCAUGGGCUCCCUGUCCGCUUCCAGUGGGACCAGGCCCGUCCUGGAUAAGUCCCAGUCAGUUGGAUGGGCCUCCCAGCCAAUCUCCAUAUAGGCAGGCAAGCUGUUGUAUACCUCCUGUUGCUAUGUCAAUGUCCCUAUCAGGGCCAGGGCCAGAGCCAAGAGUGCCUGGGGAGUCUAGGCCUCCUCUAGCUCGACCUUCACACCUUCCUCUGCCCAUGGGCCCUUGCUAUAACCUCCAGCCCCAGGCUUCCCAGAGUGUGAGGGCUAGACCUCGAGAUGUGCUGCUGCCUGUUGCUCAUUGUGCCAAUGAGCCCAGUUGCUCCUCCAGUUCUGGAGCCUUCAACCCGAGCCCUCUGCCACAGGCUAAGCCUGUGGGUAUUACCCAUGGUAUUCCUCAGCUGCCCAGGGUCCGACCUGAGCCCCUCCAGCAUCAGCCCAGUCACUACAGGGCGUCCAGCCUUGAUCUAUCAAAGGAGAGGGCUGAGCAAGGUGCCUCUCUCCUGACCAGCUACCCUUCCACUGCCACGAAUGGAAACCUAGCCAAGUAA